CCGGGCUUCUUCUUCUUCUUCGCUCUUCGGUUCCUGCCUCGGGGCGCCUCACGGUUCAAACUUCAAAUUGUGGCGUCCGCUUCCGGGGCCGCGCGUUAAUGACGCGCGGCCCCCGACGGCCCGAUGUGGCCCAUCCGCGCCUCUGGCCUCCCUAGAAUAAUCGACUGGUGCCGGGCGCUUCCCCUGCCUCGGGGGCCGAGGUCGCGGUCUUGAAUCUGCCUUCUCGACGCAGCGAUCGCAGCGCGGUGAGCAUUUGGAGGCUUUCUUGUUUCUUUCAUUCGGUGACAAGCUCUGGGCCUGCAGAGUGGAAGUAAUAUGGUCGUUCAAUUGGAGAUUGUGCCGAUUCAAAUUUGAAAGUUUUAACUGAACAGUUUAGGUACGGAGUCUACUUUCAGUUACAGGCACAACCAACAAUACAUACAGGUAGAGUUGCUUGAAUUGGACUCAAAUGGUGAAAGGAUUGGUGCGACUUCAAGGGUAGCCACAUAUAUCAAUGGUAAAAGUAUGUUUGAGCUGCAGAAUUUUUGAAGGAGCGAGCAAGUGUAUGAUACAGAUGUUGCCAGCGCUAGACCUUUGGAGAUAUCGAGUUUGGAUACCUUUUUCUACUCUUUGGAAGCCCAGGACCGGUUGAUUACUCAUUUGUUUAUUCGAAUAACUAUCAUGGAAGACUUGCUGUCCGAAGGAUGAAUCAUAUACCGACAUAAAGUAAAUUUAUGUUCUUUUGGAACGUAGAAUGGAUGCAAAUCCCCAAAUCCAUUGAGGGGAUUCUCAAAUAACACGCUUUACAUUGGAGCUUCCAGCGGCAAUCAAUCAGUCUAUCAUCUGGUGGAUACAAUCUGCUCUUAGCUAGAUGAUCAGCAUUGUUCGGAGGUCUCCAUAAAUGCAUUGUACCGACACUCGUCGAAAGUCAUACAUAAAACAUAAAAAUAUCCAUUACAAUAUGUCUCCAAGGACUUCGUAAAAGAGGAUAUCACUUUCUUCCCAAAUCAAGCAUCAGAUGAAAUUUUUGUUGGGUUUGUGGGGAUGUCUCGAUAUCCGGAAGCACCGACUAUAAGAUUGAGGUUGCUGUCAAGUGAUUUGAGUCAGAACUCUCGAUAUAAUUGGAGCAAAACACUCAUCUCGCACCACCGAAGACUUCGAUGCGUAUGGCAACAGUUGCUAGCAGUUGGAUUUGCCAGAUUUGUGGACCAUCCUCAGGUGACCUUGGUGCUCGCACAGUGGGGUCAGGGGAAAGCUAAAAUUAAAACGGGAUUAAGUGGACAUGUGAACAGCGAACGCAUCAGCGCUUUCUGACCUGCAGUACAUUCUGAACAUGGAGCCAGUCAACCUCGAGGGUGAAGCUCACGGACUUGCUGGAAACCUAAAAUAAAGGAGGCCUGGAUAUCGAAACUGUCAGUUCUCAGCAGUUAGGAACUGCUACAUUCGCAAUAAGAGGGCUUCGUUACAGCACCGUGUCAAGGUUGACGCUAAUAUUAACCUCGAAAACUUGAUGGGGUUUGAAAGAGGAAGAACCACUUUGCCCUCGCAUUGUCUUUAAACUCGGCUUGGCAAUUGGCGAGCAAAAGAGUUCGCAGAUCUCCACGGAAGGUCGAAGAAGAGGGAACCAUCUUCCAAGGUCUAGAGAGCAUGAUGGCCACGAAAAGGUUUCCGGUCUGAAAAAGCAAAAAGCUCUGGACAGAUGGUUAUCAGACAACUUCCACCAUGGCCUUUUUGACCUGCAUUUGUCUACACUCGCGGCUUCAGAAAUUGUCGACCAGACCAUCCUCGAGGCUGAACGGUUCUAUAAAAGGGGCAGGUUCUGAGCAAAGGUUCGGAUGAAAAAGCAACGCAAAUGAAAUCUCGAGUGACCAAGCUCGUCCAGGAUUUUAACGACAGUCUCUGGUCUGGUUGUGAGAAAAGCCAAAAGAUUCCUACAUGAAAUAGACUGAUGAAGGAGCAAACCACUCGUACCCCCGGGGACCUGCUUUCUCUACACACCCCAAUAGUGGUGUACCCAGACUGGUCGACAACCUGGUCCUAAAAAAAGGAGGGAAAAGAAACGAGCGACUAGCUGAGGCAAGUUCUCAGUCUGCACGGUCGACAUGCAAAAGAACGAAGUAGUUCUCGACCUCCUACCGGAGUGAUACCCGCGCUUGACUUGGAUUUAGUCAACUCCAGCGAGGUAAUCGUGAGAUUCCAAAGUCAAGGAGAAAAAUAAUAGAACUCCAAUCUUCUUACCCGCCUGAUUUAGUGUACGACGAGUAAGUAAUGUUUUCGGAGUCUGCUCUUUCAGUGAGAACAGAAGAGAAUAACAUCUCUCUUGUUGUAGUAACCGGAUGAUGAACCCUCGCAGGUUUGAACACGGGAUUUGACCACGCACCAAAAAAUUGUAGCAGAUCGAAGUAGACAAGCCGUUGCGCUAUCAAUAGAUGGGAAGGCGAGUCAGAUUUGCUAAGACAGCGAGUAUGCUCUCGUCGGGACGAAUGUGAACAAGUUCCAAGAACCCAUCAGCUUUACAGAGGACAAAUCGAAAGGCAAUUACAGAGCCAAACAAGAAGGUCGAGGGAAUCAAACUAUUUCGUAAAGUCAACCUCGGGUGGAGCAGAUUCGUCGCCCCACUUUCUCAUUCU